AUGAUUAUUCUGGCUCACGCUUGUGGUCGCAGGGUCGAGUCCUCAUUGCAGGAGCUGGUCCGAGGACUUCUCCCAGGCAGCUUGCCUGGCCUGCCUGGCUUGCCCGGUCAGAAGGGGGUGCCUGUGGAUCCUGGUGCUGAUUGCCAGGAGGCCCUGAGGCCUGCGCCUUCCUUGCCUCGCAAUGGAGCAGAGGCGGAGGUGUCGCAGAAGAGCCUCACCCCACUGCCCACACGAGGUGCUGGGGCUGCUGACGCCGCUGACGCAGCCACCCCACAGGUGGCACCGUGGCGGCUGAGAUGCGGGCAGAUGCGGCAGCAAGCAGCCACAACUUCUAGUGGUUGUGGAAUGCUACAAGGAGCUCUGACCAGGAAAGUCCACGAGGAGGCAAGAAAAGAAGAUUGGCCGGCUGAGCAAGUGCUGGGCGGCCGGUCAGAUGACGGCAGGAUGCCGGCAAAGCAGCAGGCCUGCGCUCAGAAAAGGCAGCUGGAGCCUGAAGGAACAUCGAAGACGUUGCAGGAGGAGGAGCCACCCUCUGCAGACCACGGGAUCACCGAGGGGUGCGAUGAGGCUGUCACCGCAGCAGAUGCAGAGCCUGGAGCAGACCAAGAAGAGGAGGCAGUCAGGGUCGUCACAGACGCACCCCUGGAGGAAGCCGAGUCCGAAGAAGUUGGUCUGGAUGGCAUGGGAUCCGAGGCCUCGGAGGCCGUCAGGGCCGCUGCGGACGCAGAGCCCACGAUUGGCCAGGAAGACGAGGCGCCCCUGGAGGAAGCCGAGUCCCAAGAAGCUGGUUUGGAUGGCAUGGGAUCCGAGGCCUCGGAGGCCCUGCAGAAGCUUGCCGUCAGGGCCGCUGCGGACGCAGAGCCCACGAUUGGCCAGGAAGACGAGGCACCCCUGGAGGAAGCCGAGUCCCAAGAAGCUGGUUUGGAUGGCAUGGGAUCCGAGGCCUCGGAGGCCCUGCAGAAGCUUGCCGUCAGAGCCGCUGCGGACGCAGAGCCCACGAUUGGCCAGGAAGACGAGGCGCCCCUGGAGGAAGCCGAGUCCCAAGAAGCUGGUUUGGAUGGCAUGGGAUCCGAGGCCUCGGAGGCCCUGCAGAAGCUUGCCGUCAGGGCCGCUGCGGACGCAGAGCCCACGAUUGGCCAGGAAGACGAGGCACCCCUGGAGGAAGCCGAGUCCGAAGAAGCUGGUCUGGAUGGCAUGGGAUCCGAGGCCUCGGAGGCCGUCAGAGCCGCUGCGGACGCAGGGCCCACGAUUGGCCAGGAAGACGAGGAGAUGGACCUGGAUGCGGAGGAGGAGCAGGACCUGCGUAGUCUUGAUGUUGCAAGGUCGAAGAGUCAGUUGAAAAGCCGUUAA